AUGGAAUCGAGCAAGUGUGAGGAGGAGAGAAAGCUCCAACUCCAAGAGCUUGAGGAAUUUCUCCUAGAAGCAUAUGUUGCCGUGAUGUGCUACAAAGAAAAGACCAAGUUACAGCAUGACAAAAAUUUGAGAAGAAAGUGGUUUGAAGUGGGCCAAAAAGUUCUCCUAUUCCAAUCAAGGCUCAAAAUCAUGCCGGGAAUAUUGAAGUCCAAGUGGACUGGUCCUUACAAGAUCCGAGCAAUUCAACCUAAUGGAGCCAUUAAAAUUCAGAGAGUUGACUCUUCUUCUCCACCGUUUGUUGUGAAUGGUUAUAGGUUGAAAAUCUAUUUGGAACCUUUAGAAGCAUAUACAGUGCAAGAGAUUCCAUUGUAUAUGCCUCAGGUUUCGAAUUAG